AUGGGCAACGAAGAGUCAACUAUGGAUGCGUCCGCCUCCCCCUCUGUACUAGAGGCGCGUACGGUUGAAGCCCUAGCCAAAUACAUUAAGGAGCACGAUGUGAAGCGUGUUGUGGUGAUGGUUGGAGCGGGCAUCAGUACUUCAGCAGGUAUCCCAGACUUUCGCUCUCCAGAUACUGGAAUCUAUGCCAACUUGGCUUUCCUGGACCUGCCAGAGCCAGAAGAUGUUUUUGAUAUCAGCUUUUUCCGAGAAAACCCAAAGCCAUUCUACGCCUUGGCGCAUGAGCUGUACCCGGGUCGCUUUCGUCCAACCAUUGCUCACUCAUUUAUCAAGCUGCUCUACGACAAGGGCAUCUUAUUGAAACAUUUCAGCCAGAACAUUGACUGCCUUGAGCGUCAGGCGGGUGUGCCCGAUGACAUGAUCAUUGAGGCCCACGGCAGUUUCGCGUCGCAGCGCUGCAUCGAUUGCAAGGAGCCAUAUCCCGACGCUGAUAUGCACGAGAAAGUCUCCAAGCAAGAAGUCGCCCACUGCGCUUCGUGCAAUGGGCUCGUCAAACCUGACAUUGUGUUCUUCGGGGAGGGUCUCCCCUCCUCUUUCUUUGACAACGCCGAUAAGGUCAAAGAAGCCGAUCUUUGCAUUGUCAUGGGGACCAGUUUGUCUGUUCAGCCAUUUGCCAGUCUACCUGGAAUGUGCAAGGAUAACAUCCCCCGCGUGUUGAUCAACAUGGAGCGAGUGGGUGGUCUCGGCUCACGAAAGGAUGAUGUGCUCCUCCUCGGGGACUGUGACAGCGGUGUUCGCAAGCUUGCUCAAGCUCUCGAGUGGGAAGAAGAACUGGAGGCCUUGUGGGAGGCCACGAAGCCCGCGGUCCCGGAAGAGGACACAAUCCCCCAAACGCGGGACGAGCGCCUGCAGGAUGAAGUGGACCGACUUAGCGAAGAAGUCAAUCGAACUCUGGGGUUAGCAGAUGCAUAUCAGAGCAAAGUCCGCCAGAGGUUGGGGUCUCACGAGUCUCACGAAGCACCUCAAGCACACGAAGCACACCGCCAGUCCACGGGGCUGGCGCAUGUUUUCCCGCAUUUGGCUUGA